AUGGAUGACCUGCGCUACCGCCCGCAGCAGUCUCGGAAUGAGACCCCGAUGGCAUCCUUCAUGUCGCCUCCUCGCAAUGAUGGCCGUGUCUCUCAGCAGAACACGCACGAUCUUCGCACGACUAUGCCACGCAGGUUCACGACCGACUCAGGGAGAGUACCUACCUUGUCUUCAAUAACGACACUGCCGUCUCCUCCGCGUGGUCUGGGGCUGGAUUCGAACCCGGAAUACCACAAUGUGAAUGCCAUGCAUAAAGUGCAGCUGAUUGAGCAGAAGAAGCUCGAAUACGAAAGAAUAAGAGAACAAAGACGACGGUUCGAGCUGGAGAUGCAAAGGCUUGACCAGCAGCAGCGGCGGGAGGCUCAGGAACUUGCGCAAAUGGAAGAGGAAAUCAGGAUUGCUGGCCAUCAGUCAGAACCAACCACUCCUCCAGAGUAUCGAGACAAUCCGACAGGGUUUCCCUCCAUCUUCUCCCGACCGAAUCGUUACUCCACAUCAAGUCUAGCAUCCCCACCUGGAUUCAACCGUCCUGCUCGGUCUGGUUCCCAAUUGACAUCUCCACCAUCUGGCUUGCUUCAGUCUCGGUACGGAUAUGACGACAGAGCGGUGCCUUCACGAUCCGACCCAAAUACUCGCCGCAACAGCGAUGACGAGGAUAAGGAAGAGGCAGUGCGGCAAGACCCAACCAGUCAUAGGUCUACCAAUGCACUGAAUCGAUAUUCCAUGCCGGUUACCAGGUCGAGAAACGGAUUGUACGACAUGAAUUUGGACCAAACCAAUACCACACGUUUCUUGUUUGGUGACGACGAGCCCAACUCUCUGCCUCGUGGGCGAACACCGGACGAGAGCUUCCCCACCCUUGUUCGUCGCGAAGACCAAAUGCUUUCUGCGUCCUCCGCGGCACUUGAUCUUGCGCUGUCUCCAUCACCUAAUCCCGAGAAAUCCAGCGGUUGGAAUCGUAUUAAUCGUCACCGACACCAGCAGAGCUUAUCCGCCAUCAACGGGCUUUCCUCUACCCAAUCAACCGAGGUCACGAACCUUGGCAGCAGCCGACCCCAGUCUCUACGCCAUUCGCUUGACCUGAAAUACAUUUCCGAGGGUUCGGUAGAGCCAUCUUCGGUGACCAUGUCUCCUCAGAACAGCCACAUGGCCUCGCCUCCCCGUCUCCAAAGCUCCUUCUCCGCCAACGACGUGCCGACGGUUAAGAGCCCGUCUGGUUCGGCCAUUUUAUCCGGAAACGCCAACAAUCAUGCACAGCAACAUUUCCACAACCACAACGCUCAUAUGGGUCGAAUUCCUGCCGGUGCAAUGCCCACGCGCCAUACCCGGGAACUAUCUAGCGACAGCAGCAACAUGAGCAUGAAUGCUGGUCGCGAUCAAGCAAAUGGCUUUCAAUCCAUCCAGUCCGCUCUUCAAGCAAGCGCGGCGCCGUUUGGACCAAGCCUUACGAGCGCAGCUCAGGUCAGCUCAGCUGCCGUAGUGUCUGGCGCGACCGCGACAGCUCCAACCCAUUCCUUCAACAACUUCUACUCAUCCAACGGCUAUGCUCCCCACUCAGCUAGCGCGAACGGAAACUAUGGCAUUCCCAUGCUCACUGCCGGGCUGCAACAUAUGAGUAUGAAUGGCGCCAAUGGUGGCAACAUGUUUCCCGCUCAGAAUUACACUGGUUAUGGCCCAGCGCCCUAUGCCCAAGGCGGCGGACAGUCGAGAGACAGCCAAGCUCGUGUCAUGCAGCAUCGACGCCAGCUCGAUAAUGAAGCCAUGUCUCGGUUCCAGAAUAUGCCGCUGGAAUCCUUCCGCGGACAGAUUUAUGACUUGUGUAAGGAUCAGCACGGUUGUCGCUAUCUCCAGAAGAAGCUGGAGGAACGCCACGCCGAUCAGGUGCACAUGAUAUGGCUCGAGACCAAUCAGCAUGUCAUUGAGCUCAUGACGGAUCCCUUUGGUAAUUAUUUGUGCCAAAAGCUCCUCGAGUUCUGCAAUGACGAUGAACGGACGGUUUUGAUCCAGAACGCAUCCCAGGACAUGGUUCGGAUCGCGCUCAACCAGCAUGGAACCCGAGCGCUGCAGAAGAUGAUUGAAUACGUUGGCACUCCCCAGCAAGUGCAUCUUAUUAUCGAGGCGCUUCGUUUCCGCGUCGUCGAACUCAUUCAGGAUUUGAACGGCAACCACGUCAUCCAAAAGUGCCUGAACAAGCUCACGCCGCUCGAUGCUCAGUUCAUUUUCGACGCGGUUGGUAACAACUGCGUCGAGGUAGGGACUCACAGGCACGGUUGCUGCGUCUUGCAGCGCUGCAUCGACCAUGCUUCGGGCGAGCAGAAGCCGUGGCUUGUUCAACGAAUCACGGAACACGCUCGAAUUCUCGUGCAGGACCCGUUCGGCAACUAUGUUGUGCAGUACAUCAUUGACCUCAACGAGCCGAGCUUCACCGAGCCCGUGGUUGCCACGUUUCAAGGCUGCAUCAGCCAACUCUCGCGCCACAAGUUCAGCUCCAACGUUAUUGAGAAGUGUCUCAGGUGCUCCCAGGCGCAGUCCAAGGACAUGAUUGUUGAGGAGCUGCUUGCACCGCAGGAAAUGGAACGCCUGCUUCGGGAUUCGUUUGCCAACUACGUUAUUCAAACCGCUCUCGAGUUCGCUACACCGCAUCAGAAGUAUCGAUUGGUUGAAGGCAUCCGCCCCAUUUUGCCGCAAAUCCGCACGACGCCUUAUGGCCGCCGCAUUCAGGCCAAAGUCUCGGCCUAUGACAACCGCGGAAGCGCGGCCUCCAGCGGCCAAGCUACUCCUGCCGACAACACGCAAGGUCAGAUCCCCCUACGCCAGGGCCACAGUCGUGGCAUGUCUGGAAGUGCGCCAGUGCUGGCCACCAACGGCGUCGGAAAUGGAGGCAUCGGUGUUGCAGUAUCGAGCCAAACCGCGCGACAGAGUGUGCCCUCGUAUCCCAGCAGUGCCGUUCUGACAGUGCCUCCUCCCCCUUCGGGAGUGACCCCUGUUUCCCAGCCUCAAAGCCAACAACACUCUCAGUUCAGCCCACGGGCGCCAGCUAGUUUCACCAGCUAG